GUAUCCGUGUGCAAUGGUAUAUAAGUGUCCGUCCUUUGCUGAACUGUUUAACUGAAGUUGUUAGACCUCACUGCAUAACAAUGAAGGAAGCAUCUGGAAGAAUCGUUAUUAUAUUCUGCUUUGUUUGUGUGGUGUGUAUAGUAUCAAGUACCCACGGCGAACAGAUUAAAACUAAGAUUGUACAAAGAAAAUCCCAGGAUGAUACAUAUCAUAUUUUACAUAUGAUUGCAAAUCUUCAAAGAGAAAUGAAAGAUGUCCAAAGAACGAUGAAAGAGCGACAAAAACAUAUAGCGUUCACUGCCUUACAAGAUGAAACUGGUCAACGAAUAACACAUCCGUCACAGGUCGUGAAAUACAACCAGGUCCUGUUAAACAUUGGCGGUGGGUACCAAAAGCACAGCGGUCACUUUGUUGCUCCCGUCGAUGGAACAUACGUGUUCUUUCUUUCUUUGCUACCAACUCCAGGAACGUCGGCCUCGUUUUUUAUCUUUGUUAACAGCCGGUCGACGGUAGAAGCGUUAAACGUGAGCAGUAACAUGGCCAUUGUAUCCCUCAGCAAAGGAGACCACGUGUGGGUCAUGUCUCAUCCAGGCGGGAGAGUUGAUCCACGACAACGUUUACAGUACGCGGGAAACACCUUCUCUGGAUUUCUUGUUUAUCAGAAAUAA